CGAGGCCGGGCCCAGCCCAGAGAGGAGGUGGGCACUGCCCGGGCCGAGUGGACACUCGGGAGUUAACUGGCGGGGUGUGACAGGGCGCACCGCCCUCAGGAAGUGUUACUCACCGCCGGGAGUGUGCUCGCCUUGGGGGCUGGCUCGUCUUCCGAGUCCCCGGAGUAACCAGCCGGAGGAGCGCCCCGCCAUGGACGGCACCGGGGAUCCCGGAGCAGGCCUUCCCGGAGCCCCCAGCCCCGCGGACUCCUCCGUGCCCGGGUGCGCGGAGGGAGAAAAGCCAGCCCAGGACCCGCUGUACGACGUUCCCGACGCCGGCGGAGGGCGGGCAGGUGGGCCCCAGCGGCCCGGGCGCGCCGUGAGCCUACGGGAGCGCCUGCUGCUCACGCGGCCGGUGUGGCUGCAGCUGCGGGCCAACGCGGCGGCCGCGCUGCACGUGCUGAGGACCGAGCCCCCGGGGACGUUCCUGGUGCGGAAAUCGAACACUCGCCAGUGCCAAGCCCUGUGCGUGCGGCUGCCAGAGGCCAGCGGCCCUUCCUUCGUGUCCAGCCACUACAUCCAGGAGGGCCCUGGGGGCGUCUCCCUGGAGGGAUCCGAGCUCGUCUUCCCGGACCUGGUCCAGCUCAUCUGUGCCUACUGCCACUCCCGGGACGUCCUUCUCCUUCAGCUCCAGCUCCCCAGAGCCAUCCGCCAGGCAGCCACCCACAAGGAGCUGGAAGCCAUCUCCCAUCUGGGCAUCGAGUUCUGGAGCUCCUCCCUCAACGCCAGGGCACGGCCAGGCCCGCCCGCAGGCCCGCUGCCGCCCCGGCUGAAGCCGCGGUCCCCACAAGAGCUGGACCAGGGCACCGGAGCCGCCCUGUGCUUCUUCAACCCCCUGUUCCCAGGAGACCUGGGGCCCACCAAGCGGGAGAAAUUCAAGAGGAGUUUCAAAGUACGCGUAUCCACAGAGGCCUCCAGCCCCCUGUCUCCGCCCGCGGUGCCGCCUCCCCCUGUCCCGGUGCCGCCGGGGCCGGCCCCCAACCAGGCGGAAAGGUUGCCCCCUCGCCAGCUGCUGCGGAGGGAGAGCUCAGUGGGGUACCGUGUGCCGGGGGGCGCCGGCCCGAGCCUCCCUCCCCUGCCCUCCCUCCAGGAGGUGGACUGUGGCUCCCCCAGCAGCUCCGAGGAGGAGGAGGGGACGCAGGGACCCCGAGGGAGCCCCGCAACCUCGCCCCGCCUGAGCCGCAGGCGGCCUUUGCUCCGGUCCAUGAGCGCCGCCUUCUGCUCCCUGCUGGCGCCCGAGCGGCAGGUGGGCCGGGCAGCCUCGGCGUUGGUGCAGGACCGCCACACAGCUGUGGGCCAGCUGGUACAGGACCUGCUGACCCAGGUGCGGGCCGGCCCCGAGCCCCAGGAGCUGCAGGGCAUCCGAGAGGCACUGAGCAGGGCUCGGGCCAUGCUGAGUGCGGAGCUGGGCCCGGAGAAGCUGCUGCCGCCCAACAGACUGGAGCGUGUCCUGGAGAAGUCACUGCAUCGCUCGGUGCUCAAGCCUCUCCGGCCCACCCUGGUGGCCCGGCUGCAGCGCCGACUGUCUGCUGACGGCUCCCUGGGCCGCCUGGCCGAAGGCCUCCGCCUAGCCCGGGCCCAGGGCCCCGGAGCCUUCGGGUCCCAGCUGAGCCUGCCCUCCCCCGUGGAGAUGGAGCAGGUGCGCCAGAAGCUGCUGCAGCUGCUUCGCGCCUACUCACCCAGCGCCCAGGUCAAGAGGCUCCUGCAGGCCUGCAAGCUGCUCUACACAGCCCUGAGGACCCACUGGGGAGAGGGCGCGGGGGCCGACGAAUUCCUCCCACUGCUGAGCCUGGUCCUGGCCCACUGCGACCUUCCCGAGCUGCUGCUGGAGGCCGAGUACAUGUCGGAGCUGCUGGAGCCCACCCUGCUCACCGGAGAGGGCAGCUACUACCUGACCAGCCUCUCUGCCAGCCUGGCCCUGCUCAGCGGCCUGGGCCAGGCCCGCCCCCUCCCGCUGAGCCCCUCGCAGGAGCUGCAGCGCUCCCUCAGCCUCUGGGAGCAGCGCCGCCUGCCCGCCACCCACAGCUUCCAGCACCUCCUCCGAGUAGCCUAUCAGGACCCCGGCAGCGGCUGCACCUCCAAGACCAUGGCCGUGCCCCCAGGGGCCUCCAUAGCCGCCCUGAGCCAGCUCUGUGCCACCAAGUUCCGAGUGGCCCAGCCGGACACUUUCGGCCUCUUCCUGUACAAGGAGCAGGGCUACCACCGCCUGUCCCCCGGAGCCCUGGCCCACCGGCUUCCCGCCACCGGCUAUCUCGUCUACCGCCGCCGGGCAGAGCAGCCUGAGACACGGGGGGCCUCGCUGGAGGGGACGACCGAGGAGGGUGGCGGGGAGCCAGAGUCAGGGGGCAGGGAGGAGGAGCAAGGGGGCCGAGGAAGUGGGGAGGUCGAGGCCAAAGCCGGCACCAGGGACAGCAGGGGAGAGCCUGAGCCGGCCGUCGAGCAGGAGGAGAGCCGGGCCGGGGGAGGGGGCCCUGCGCAGCCGGGUGGGCCAGAGGCUGCAGGAGGCCGGGCAGCCGAGGAGUAGCUGGGAGUGGCCAGAAUGGUCAUUUGGGGCAGAAAACACUGAGCCCACUGGGAAGGCCUUCCUGAGCCGUCAGCCCCCUUUGCCUUCUCCCCUGGGUGGCUCUUGGGUCUGCCACCGGCUCUGUCUGCUAUUUAUCUCUGUGGCCCCACGUGCUGGUGGAGUGCCUGAACUGGCCACAUCUGGGCACUGGAGUAAAGCUGGGAGGGUGUGGAGGACCCUGGACCAAGGGCCAAGGUCCUUCGCCUCUUAUCCUCCUACCCCGGCUGGAGGCCAGCCGGCCGGCCAACCCUCAGUGGUGAGUGUGCCCAACCUCCAGCAGCUGGGGAGGGGCCGCUGCCCAGGCAGCUCCUCCGGGCGGGGGGCUGCACCUACUUCUGGGUGCCAGGGCGUCAGGAGGACUCAAGGAGGCGGCGAGGGCUCGGGGCCCCAGCCCCGCUCCAGACCCCCCCGAGAACUAGCACCUCCAGCCGCAGUGUGCUCACCUGUCAAGUGGGCGUGCACUGCCAUCCUGUUUUCUCCCGGAAAACUUCCAGGGGCCCAAAUGGAUGGUUCUGCCGCAAAGCAGGCCUCAGCCUACAGGAAAGGGGCAGGAAGGACCUGAGAUGCCGGCAUCGCCUGCCCCGCCCCUCCAGGGUUGCUGUCUGCACUUGCCAAGGGGGCGCGUCCUCCAGUCGCCCUGGAGCUGGAGGAGCACCCAAGCUCCAGGCUUUCCCCAAGACGGGAAGGCCUCCUAGGCCCUCCAGCAUCCCAGGGGGAUGGGACGGGGAGGCAGGCUUCCCAAAUGGAGGGGGUGGGGGAGCUUGGACCUCACCAGGGCUUUACAGGGGGUCACGCGGGAGAGCGACUCCUAAGAUGUCACAUGGUAGGCUAUUAGGGGUUUCCCUACCCAAACCAGGACAUCCGGUUCCAACUGCACCCUCUCGCCCUCUGUUCCAAGCCACCAAUAAGGGAGCCCUCAAAGCGCCGCAGAGCAAGCAGCAGCUGUGAGCAGACAAAAUGCCGCCAGCGACCACCAGGGGGCGUAUGUGGCCCGGGAAGCUGCGGAGUGGGUGACACCCAGGGGCAACGGUGGCUCCGGGACCUCGGCAGCAUAAGGUGGUCGCAGGCUGCACUCUUGCAGCCAGCGACCAGGCAGCGGGGCACAAAGCCAGCCUCACGGGGCCACUCUGGGAAAGGAACCGUGCCCUGCGAGUCGCCGAGGCGUUCCUGCCGAUGCUGUGCGCCAGAGGACGCCCGCCCCCGCGUCCGGCUCUACUGAAAAGUGGAAAUCCUGGGCGCUGGGAUUUCAGACCAACCGGAGGCAGCCUGGGUGCGGGGCUCCCACAUCUCACCAGGCCACCAGCAGCGCUCCCCUCCCCCCUUACCUGUGCGCUCACACAACCCUGCUUCCCCGUUGGGCGUUUGUGUGCCCUUCCUCCCUGGCCCACGCCCACCCCCACCCCCACCCCUAGUGCCUUGCCCAGCGCUGGGCACUCCACAGGCACUCAGGAAACGCUGUCUGCUGAUUGGAGUUCGAUAAGGAGUGAGAGGCAGCCCUGAGUGGUGUGACAGGUCACGGGUUCAAUUCCUGGUCAGGGCACAUGCCUGUGUUGCGGGCUGGAUCCCCUGUCAGGGGCAUGUGAGAGGAAACCAAUGGAUAUUUCUC